UGGGCACACACACACAUACAACCCGCCAUUCGGGCGAGUUACUUCCCUAUUCCGCUGAAUAUUGGGCCGUUCGGUUUCUCCGAUGCUUGCAAGUGCUUGCUCGCCUGGGAGUCGUGCCCAGCACUGGGUGCCACGGAAACACCAGCGACCACAACGAUCAGCGGGAGCAGGAAAGACCUCCCCGCUUGGCCUUGGGCUUUGGGCCUUGGGCUUUGCGCUCCUCAGAGCGCGAGAACCUCGCACCUCACGGGCAUCGCGCAGUGCUUGGAAGCAAAAGCAUUUGGCCAUGCGGCUGUCGGAGCUCCCAAGGCAUCCAUCCCACAAACCACAGCUGGAACAGUAUGCCACGGAUGGCGACACUGCAGCUUGCUGGCUCAUGGGCAUAGAUCGGCAGGACACGUUUGCAGAACUGGAGGAAGGUGUGUUGGAUUUGGGCGCAGGGAAUGGGAUUCUGGGCAUCGGCGCUUUGCUACUGGGGGCGCCCACGGCCAUUUUUGUGGAGGUGGACCCGAAGACCUGUGAGGUCUUAGAAGAGGCCCUAGAGGAGCAAGGCCUGCGACGCCGCGCGCAGAUCAUCCAGCAGGAUCUCGCGAAGUGUCCACAGCUGGAAGACUUGCGGAUUGACCCAGAGCUGGUGGUGAUGAACCCGCCCUGGGGUCAGCAGCGGCGCUCGGCCGAUCGGCCCUUCUUGGAGGCCUCGGUGUCGUUGAGCUCGGUGAGGGCCGUACACGUGAUGCACAGCGCAGAGGCGAAGCAUGUGGAGCCCUGGGCGGAAGAUAUGGGUUGGACUGCCACACGCUGGUUGGAAAUUGAUUUUCCUCUGCCGCGCUGCUAUGCGCACCAGCGCCAACGGCGCAGCUUUACCACAGCGGCGAUGUGGAGGAUUCACCGGGCAGAACGUGCAGAGCAGGAGGAAAGAACGAGGGCCAUCGAGGGGGAGCAAGGAUGGGCGGAGCAGAGGUGCAGGUAUGGAUAUGUCUGGUUGAAUGAUUGA